ACUAAGAGAUGGAUGGAUCUCAUUGAUCCUUUCUUCUUGCCGGCCAAGAGUUCUCGAUCACUAAUCGUCUUGAAACCGUCGCGUCAACUGCUCGUUCGGGCCUAAAUCAUUAGAACUUUUUUUAGUUUCCGAAAACUUUUUACACAUUUUUUUCUGUUUGUUAAUAGUGUGUUACAAUAGUGCUGUUGUUUUGUUUUCGUAAUACAACGAGUUGCAGUCUAAUUACGCGUCAGUGAGACCAGAUUUCUAGUUUUGAGAUUGUUCAAUAAGACCGCACGGACUAAAAAUGAUCCUUAGACUGUCACUGAUGUUUUGCUUUCUGGCGUGCAGUAUGACGGAAGAAGUGGACGUGGUCGAAGCUGUUUCCGGGACGUCGCAAUCGAUCGACGAUCUGCUGCAACAGUCCGACCAACAGCAAAUGCAGCUGCAGCACGGGCCGAUGCAAUCACCGGCGCAGAAGCGUGAUGACGCGAUGGAGGCACACAACCCUGACCAGCUGGCCAUGGAGACAGGUGACGACGUGGACGAUCAGGACGCGUCCGGUUCCAUAGCCAAACACAACUACUUGAAACCGCAGUCGGCACCUGUUCGCGGCCAUCCACCGUUGAACCGAGGUCCGCCACCACCUCAGCAGCAGUCGCAACCUCCCCAACAGCAGUCCGCCAAGUAUCACCACCACAACGUGGCUUAUCACGGACCACCACCGCCGCCACCGUCAUUGCAGCAACAGCAACAGCAACAACAAUUGGUCGCCCAACAAUCCGAGGCCAUGGACAAGGUAUACUCGGCCGGUCCGGUAGGAAACGCGCUCGGCGACCCAUGGCCGAGCAGCGCGUCUGCCGACAUGCCGAAAAUCGUGUCACUGGACGUCAAGUGCGAGAAGAACUCGAUGAAGGUGUUCCUGAGUUUCGACAAACCGUUCUAUGGAAUCGUGUUCAGUAAGGGCCACUACAGCAACGGAAAUUGCGUGCACCUGCCCGCCGGUCUAGGCCGGACGUCCGUCAACUUCGAGAUCGGCGUGCACGCUUGCGGCACUUCCGGCAACACCGAGAACGGUCUAUACGGGUACGGGGCUGACUCCGGGUCCGGCACCUAUUUCGAGAACAUCGUCGUCAUCCAGUAUGACCCGCAAGUGCAAGAGGUUUGGGAUCAGGCCCGGAAGCUCCGGUGCACGUGGCACGACCAGUACGAGAAGUCCGUCACGUUCAGGCCGUUCCCGGUUGACAUGUUGGAUGUAGUCAGGGCUGACUUCGCCGGUGACAACGUUGGAUGUUGGAUGCAGAUACAAGUCGGCAAGGGACCGUGGGCUUCCGAAGUCUCCGGAUUGGUGAAAAUUGGACAAACAAUGACCAUGGUACUGGCAAUCAAGGACGACGACUCCAAGUUCGACAUGCUCGUACGGAACUGUAUGGCGCACGACGGCAAACGGGCACCCAUCCAACUUGUGGACCAGAAGGGUUGCGUGACACGCGGCAAGCUCAUGUCCCGGUUCACCAAGAUCAAGAACUUCGGUGCCAGCGCAUCCGUACUGUCGUACGCGCACUUCCAGGCGUUCAAGUUCCCGGACUCGAUGGAAGUACACUUCCAGUGCACCAUACAGAUAUGCCGGUACCAGUGCCCGGAUCAAUGUUCGGACAGCAACGCCAUACUCAACGCUCAACACGGUAAUCUGCUAUCCGCCCACCAUCCAGCAGUGCAAGGACCCGCAGAAUACGGUCCACCGCCCGCGCCCCUGGACGUGUACGCCCGCAUCGGUUCGGCCCAUCCGAGAGACGAGAGACGCGUCCGACCCCGACUUCACCGUAGGUCGGCCGCCACCAGCACCACCGCCAGCACCAGCACUGCCGCCGCCGAACAGGAAGCCGUGGGCGUGAACCGAGUCAUCAAGGUUGUGUCCACGGGUGACCUGACGUUCGCUCUCGACGACUCGACAAACAGCUCGGCCACCAACACCAUGGUGUUCCCCGUCAGAACCGUCGAACCGGGUGCGUCAAUGAUCUGUAUGACAACGGUCGGGUUCUCCGCCACGCUGAUCGUCCUGCUCGGCAUCCUGCUGGUGUCGUGCCUGGUGUCCGCGUACCUGUGCCUGCGCAUUAGAUCCAUGCCGCAACGCCGAAAAAACGCGCAGGUGGCUUGCACCAAUCCCAAACUUCAGCCGCAGACGGUGCACAAAUCGGCCGUCAUGCACCAGGCAUACACGUCGUGAUCAUCGACGCCGUUUCCGGCUCACUUCCGCAGUCGAGUCAAUGGUGGGCAUCACGGCGGGUGAGAGUUGAAACACAAAUAGAAAAAAAAAACCAAAAUCACAAAAAAAUAAAAGUCACGACCGUCGCACAAACGAAAAGCCAUAAUUAUAAUUAUAUUUUACUUAAUAGACGUAAAUAUUAUAUUAUAUAGUAAGCCAAAGUAACCCCCCCC